AUGUCGACAGAAAUUAAUUUGGUUACUGACGCUUCAUCUCCAAAGGAUUCUCACAAGGAUUUUAAGGCUAUAGAUCUAAAUGAUGUGGAAAUGGUGUUUGGGACUCCCGCCUCUCCUAAAGGGAAGCCUGGGCAGGUGAAGCCAGAUGUACAUCUUAUAGAAAACGAAAAACAUCAUGAUAAAGAAGCUAACGGUCAUCCUCACAAGAAUGAAGAUAAGACUGAACAGCCGUCUCUACAGCCUCUCCUGGAACCAGACAAGGAAAAGCAGAAGCCACCUCUCGCUGGUCCAGAAAUCGAUGAUCUUGAUGAACGGCCAGUAGAUGCCACUCCUUACCCUGGUAUAGAUGAUGGACUUCUGGAAAAUGGUGACAAAAAUCCAUACGACCCUCAUGUAGGCGUGGACACAGACGCGGAGACUCACCACUCUCACGAGACGCAUCCGACACGAGAUGACGGAGUCGUUACGGACGGUAAAUGGCCCUGGCCGCCUGCCGACGAGGCGGACUACCCAUACGGUGAUGGAUUCAAUGGAUUGAGUCCGAGAUUUGGUAUCGAUGAUAGACCUGGCUCGCCCAUGAUACCCGGGACCUCCAUCCCGGACGUGAACACGUACCAACAGAAGAAGAACCUGGCUCAGGGUAUGAUGGACCUCGCCUUACUAUCAGCUAACGCCAACCAACUCAGAUACGUGCUCGAGUCAGCCAGCAGCCACCCCUACUACUACCCCAGUCUAGUGUUCAUAUCUCUUAGUAUAGUUCUACAGAUCGCCGUGGGCGUCGGUCUCAUCAUGAACAGUCGGUACAACGUCAAAGACGAGAAGGACAUCUGUAAGGCUGACAAAAUAAAUAAUAUGACGGUACUAGGAGUGUUCCUGGUGACGAUAGUGAAUGUAUUCAUAACCUCCUUUAGUGUCGCUUCACCGACUGUCACUGUCGGAGUAGGGACUCAAGUGACCGCUAUACAACAGAGUGGGUGA